AUGGAUCUAAAGAGCAUGAACUACAAGCAAUACACACACUCAGAAAUAUUUCAGAGAAAGCAGUUACCAGCCCACUACACCAGCGGUAACCUAACAGCAUCAGGUACACCGUUACAAUUCAACAAUGAAGCAUUCAUACCAGUUGAUGCAAUUACAACAACAAACACUAAAAUUGAAAAAUGGAAAUCCAAAGCCCUACAUGGAAAACAUGCAAACCAACUAACACAACCACACAUUGACAUAGCAGCAUCCAAUGCAUGGCUUACUCAAGGUAUAUCGGAGCGUCCAAGACUCCCGCGAAUCUCCAAUAAGUUUAAAGCAGAAGUUAUCAUUAACAAAUUAAACACAGUAUUGAAAAAACAUCUUGAAGCCGUUGAGAAUAUCGAGGAAAUACAAGACGCAAUUUAUGCUGCAGCAAUAACUGUUUUGGAUUUUAAUGGACAAAAGGUAAUUUCUCCUGAAGCUUCCCAGACGAAACACUCUCCUCUUGGGAAGCCAUCUUGGGCAAUACGCCUACAACAACAGAUAGACAAUUUCCGCGCAGAAGCAGAUAUCAUAGCAGAAUAUCUCAAUAACAACACCUCCCCGAAAGUUAAGGCCAAAAUUGAGAAGAUUAGACACCAACUCAAAAUUAGUCGCAACUCCCAAAGUAUGCGUAGAAAAUUAACGGAACACAGGGAUACAUUGAGACAAAAAACCAAAGCUAAGGGAGCACGUCUGGGCCGGUAUAACGAGACAACAAAAAGAAAACAACAGAACCAAAUGUUUAUAAAAAAUGAAAAUAAAUUCUACAAAACCUUAACUUCAACCAACUCCCCUGAACAACUGAAUUCUGUGCAGAAUAAUAACUCGGACACCCAUUUUCAAGAGUACUGGGAAUCCAUAUGGGCUAGUAAUGAAGAUGCUGAUUUAACUGCACCGUGGCUGACAAAUGUUGAAAGAGCAACGCAAAACUUAACAGAUAUGCCACAAACAACUUUUACUGAUAUGGAUGUUAGUCAGGCUCUAAAGAAAGCAAAAAAUUGGAAGGCCCCUGGAUACGAUCAAAUCCAUAACUUCUGGCUCAAGAAAUUCACAGCUUCUCAUGAAUCACUUGCACGCUGCUUUACAAAAGCGCUUAAUGAUCCCACUACGCUACCAAGACACAUUUCUGAGGGUAUUACCUACCUUAUACAUAAAAAAGGAGAUCAGAAUAAUCCACAUAACUAUAGACCCAUUACAUGCCUCUCGGUCUUCUACAAGCUACUAACAGCUAUGGUAAAUGAUAAAAUAUACCAGCAUUGUGAAAGCAACAACAUUUUCGCCUUCGAACAGAAAGGGUGUAUAAGAAAAGCAAUGGGGUGCAAAGAACAACUGUUGAUCGAUUCUGUAAUUAUGAAAAAAGCGCAGGCUCAAAAGCGUAAUCUACAUACUUGCUACAUUGACUACUCCAAAGCCUUUGACUCCAUACCACAUAACUGGCUCCUCAAAAUACUUGACAUCUACAAAAUUUCCGACAAUGUAAAAGCAAUGCUUACAUAUAUAAUGAAAUCAUGGAGAAUCACGCUCAAACUUAAUAACAAAAACAUUGGGAAAGCUGACAUCAGGUGUGGAAUAUAUCAAGGAGAUUCGCUCAGUCCUACGUGGUUUUGUCUGGCAUUGAACCCUCUGUCCCAACUACUUAAGAACAAUAAUGCUGGUUUCAGGAUAAAGAUGAGAGACCGAACUAGAUAUAGUCACUUGCUCUACGUGGAUGACCUUAAACUAUACGCCGAGUCUAAACAACAGCUUGAGUCUCUACUAACAGUGACACAAUUUAGUGACGAUAUAAAGAUGAAUUUUGGUCUAGAUAAAUGUGCUACAAUAGAAAUAAAGAAAGGACACGUGGUGAAGACCGAGGAAAAUUUUAUGAAUAUACCUUGUCUCGAACCUGACGAUACCUACAAAUACUUUGGCAUACAACAAAAUCUUGGAAUCCCCCAUACAAAUCUUAAGAAAGAGGCCAUGGAAAAGUAUAAAAGCCGUCCCACUAAAUUGCUAAACACAAAAUUAAACUCCAAGAACCUGACAAGGGCCAUUAAUUGCUGGGCAAUUCCAACACUCUCAUACUCCUUCGGAAUUCUAAAAUGGUCUGACACCGAUCUAGACGAACUAGAUAAAACAACACGAAGAACGCUUACAAAAUUCCGCUGCUUACAUCCCAAUUCAUCCAUCCAACGACUGUACAUGCCACGCAGCGAGGGUGGACGUGGACUGCUCAACAUUAAAUCUCUUUGCAAAUCACAAGAACGUAAAAUGAGAGAAUACUUUUUACAACACACUCACCCAAAUAUCCAAACAGUAGUCGAACUGACCAAGCAUAUACACCUCUCAAUCUAG